GUGACGUCCUCAUCCGUGAAGCACAUCGAAGAAGAAGUGAGGACCACAGCGUCCAUUCCCAGCAGUAGUGAACGUCCUAUGACGUCCUAACAGGUCUUAAAAUAUCUGCUAACUCAUUCAUAUCAACGAACAGCAACGUUCAUGCUCAGCGUGAGAUGUUUGGUGCUGGUCCAUGGGUGUGAGUCGACUGGAUGUAUUUUACAGAAGGCUGCUCCUCACCAAACUCUUUAUCGGGGGUUGGGGAAAGCCUGAAGACCUCAAGAGGAUCUUUGAGUUCCGUAAAGUCAUUGCAGACAGAGAGAGGUGUAAAUCUCUGGUGCCCAAGGACUACCCAGUGUACAUAACCAAGACAGAGGAGCAUACAGAUUGCUACAUCCACGACGGUGUUUUCGUUUCUCCUCUCGAGCACUUGGUUCCUGGAAUUCUGCCUCCGGAAGCUGUAAAAGCAAGGUUUCAGUUUAUAGUUCCAAAACGAUGGCAAUGCAACAGACCAGUAUGUAUCCACUUGGCUGGCACGGGAGACCAUUUUUUCUGGCGUCGAAGGACCCUCAUGGCCAGACCCAUGGUCAAAGAGGCAGGAAUGGCUUCCCUGCUUCUGGAGAACCCCUAUUAUAUCCUUCUGAUAACACGGCGAUCCUGUCUAAAAAAUGUAUCAGACCUGUUUGUGAUGGGAGGGGCCCUGAUCUUGGAGUCGUCUGUGCUUCUCCACUGGUUGGAAAGUGAGGGUUACUCUCCCCUUGGAAUGACGGGCAUCUCCAUGGGAGGAUAUAUGUCAUCGUUAGCGGUGACGAACUGGCCAAAGCCCAUCCCUCUCAUUCCCUGCCUGUCCUGGUCCACUGCCUCCAGUGUCUUCACCACGGGUGUGCUGAGUAAAGCAGUCAAUUGGAUGGAGCUGGAGAAGCAAUAUGCUGUUAAUUCCGUGUAUGAAGAAGAAAUCAUUAACCUGUUGGAGUAUUGUGGGACUGACUCCUUCAAGAUGGCCGAGGAAUUUGUGAGAGAGUCUUCAGUGGGUUCUUUGGAGCAUCUGCUGAAGCUGCCGAGAGAAGACAAAAUGUCAGUGGGCGGGCACUCCAGAACAGGAAGAAAGAUGGAGCGCGGAGCAGGCCUGCGGAUUGGUGAAUGUUGCGAAGACCAAGGAGAUCCUUUUUUAUCAGUGGACAACGCUAAGACACCUUCAGGCGUCCCAUCAAGUGCUUUUCAAGCAAACAAACGACUUAGUGGAACAGAAUCCGUCCAAAUCUGUCGACCGUCAUUACACAGGGAGUCCAUCAGCUUCAUGAAGGGAGUCAUGGACGAGUGUACACACAUGGCCAACUUCUCUGUCCCUGUGGACACCAGUCUCAUCAUCGUGGUGCAGGCUCGAGAAGACGCUUACAUCCCUCGCACAGGAGUCCUCAGCCUGCCGGAGAUCUGGCCUGAGUGUGAAGUUCGCUUUCUAAAAGGAGGACAUAUCAGCGCUUAUCUCUUUAAACAGAGCGUCUUCAGACAGGCCAUAUAUGAUGCAUUCAACAGAUUCUGCUACAAGUAUCCCAACCUGCUGUAAUUAUGACCCUGACCUACCUGUGUCAACGUGUGUGUGUGUGUGUGUAUUGGAGGGACAAUGUAAUCAUGUGACCUUAAGACCAUAUAAGUGUAAUUGGCAUCAUGUAAAUAAUGUAACUGAUGAUAUAUUUUGUCUUGUUGACGACACGUGUCAUCUUUGUUAAGGUGUUUUAAACACGCAUUUUAACAAUUUAAACCAUUUGCCUACACAUCUAUUUGUUCUUGAAUACUCUUUAAAUAAAUUAGGGCCCGAGCGCCGAUGUGCGAAGGCCCUCUUGAAACUACUGUGUUUAUUAUUAGGGCCCGAGCACUGAUGUGCAAAGACCAUUUUGUAACUACUGUGUUUAUUUUUAGGGCCCGAGCACUGAUGUGCAAUGUG